CAUCUCGUAAUUUUUUCAUAACAAACGUCUCAUGUCUCGAGUGCCAACUUGACUUUUCCAUCAGGAAAGAAAAAAAAAAAAUCUCUUUUUCUUCUUCUGUCUCUUCCGAUUCCAUCAGUUUUCUUUUGCUACGGAAUAUUACUCAGUACUUGUUUCAUCUGCCGUAGAGCAAAAUUCGAAUAUUCUUCAUUUCUGUUUACAAAUUUGAAUCGUUUCUUCAUUUUCUUUUUCUGCGUUUUUUUCCUUCUCUCUGAAACUGGCGUUCUGUAGCUUGGAACCUUAGGAAGCCAUGGACAAGGAGGUAGAGGAGUUGUUUUUGUUGUUGUUGCUGGGUGGGUGAAGAAAGAGCUGGAUUUUGGGGGUUGUCUUUUGAAAUGGCGAGAAAAAAAAAGAUGAGGGAUCGUUUUGUUGAUGAGUUUGUACAGUUUUUCAAUUAUUUAAUGGCUGAGAGGCCUAUGUUUCACUUUAUUGUUGCGUUGGUGCUGUUUGGCUGGGCCGUGGAGCGAUGGAUCCUGCCCUUUUCCAAUUGGGUUCCCCUUAUUGUCACUGUAUGGGCAACCAUUCAGUAUGGAAGUUAUCAACGCCAGGUUUUAGUAGAAGACCUUAAAAGGAAUUGGAAACAGUUCACAUUGAACAAAUCGCCCAUGACAGCAAUAGAGCACUGUGAGUGGCUGAACAAGCUUUUAAUGGAAGUUUGGUCUGAGUUCAUAAACCCAAAACUUUCACUAAGGUUUUUAUCUAUUGUUGAGAAACGCUUAAAACACCGGAGACCAAGGCUUAUAGAAAAGAUUGAACUGCAGGAGUUCUCAUUUGGUUCAAACCCACCAAUCUUGGGGCUUCAUGGGACACGUUGGGCAACUUCAGGUGACCAGUGUUGACAGCGAAUCAUGCAC